AUGGCUCCCAAUGUCGAUCCUGCGAUUCUAAAAGCCCUCGGCAUAGAUGACCAGCAUGCCGAGAUUGCCUCCCAUGGCUCCUCCGGCUUCGCAGCCACCUUCAAGCUAUCCGCCACAAUCGACGGCCAGUCCAUCAACUACUUCGUAAAGACCGGUACUGGCAGCGCUGCUGAGCUCAUGUUCAAGGGCGAGCAUUCAUCCCUAAAUGCCAUCCACAGUGCCGUUCCCAGCCUUUGCCCCAAAUCCCAUGCUCAUGGAGCCAUGUCCACCCCGAACAAGUACUUCCUCGUCACCGACUUUCUCGACUUGGGGUCUACGGCCCCCGGGGGUUCGGGACUUUCCCUGGCAGCCAAACUUGCCAGACUGCAUACCACACCAGCUCCCAUCCCGGAUGGCCACGACAAGCCCAUGUUUGGGUUCCCUGUCUCAACGUGCUGCGGCGAGACCGCCCAAGACAAUUCGUGGAAAUCAUCUUGGGCCGUGUUCUACGCCGACAACCGACUUCGGAGUAUUCUCAAACACUGCGUGAGGAACAACGGCAGCGAUGCCGAGUUGAGUAAAGCCGUCGAAACGGUGGCUAGCAAAGUCGUCCCUCGGCUACUAGGCGAGUCUACCAUGAAGGACAUAACACCGGUGGUUAUACAUGGCGAUUUGUGGAGUGGAAAUCACUCCAAGGGGCGAAUUGGCGGCAAGGGCGGCGCAGAAGAAGUCGUCUUUGACCCUUCUGCUGUAUACGGCCAUUCCGAGUAUGAGUUGGGUAUAAUGAACAUGUUUGGAGGGUAUGGGGCCAGUUUUUGGAAGGAAUAUGAAAGGCUGGUCCCAAAGGCAGAACCAAAACACGAGUGGGAAGACAGAGUGGCGCUUUAUGAGUUAUAUCACCACUUGAAUCACUUUGCCAUAUUUGGUGGUGGCUAUCGCGGAGGAGCCAUGUCCCUUUUGAGAAAGCUAAUUGCGAAAUACGGCAGCUAG